UCUGAUUCUGAUCUGAUAAAUCCCUCAAACCCUAAAAUCCCAAAAAGAGGGAAAAUCGAAAGCUUAACGACAGCAAUGACGGCGGAAGCAACGGCAGAGUUACCAAAGACGGUGGUUCUCCCGGAGGAACUGAUAAUUGAGAUCAUUUCUAGAGUUGAUUCAAGGAAUACUCUUCAACUGAGGCCCGUUUGCAAACGAUGGAAUUCGCUUAUUACUGAUCCUGAAUUCGUUAAGAAGCACUUUCAGAGUUUGUUCACGGACAUCAGAGAUCUAACUUCUAAGGCUUUGGAACAGUCCAAUGCUUUCAUAUCGCAACAUAAUAUAAAUAACCCGGUCGUGCCUCAAGAGGAAGGAGAAGAAAAUGCCGAAGAAGAAGAAGAAGAUGAAGAUGUUGCAUUUGUUGAUGAAGAAGUUGUUGCUGCUGUUGAUGAAGAAAAAGACGAAUUGAAACGGGUGUUGAUGGAUUUAGUUUCUGACAUGGAUAAUCUUUUGGUGAAUCUUCGGUUUAUCAAAGACAAUACGGAAACUAUCCAUGUUGAUAUGCAAACCCAAUCCCAAGCCUUGGAGGAUAUAAUGAAGUGUUUUCGAAGCUUUGUACGAAUUUAUCUCAAGUGAGAAACAUCUUCAUCAAUCAUCCUCCUCUUAAUUCUGAUUCUGUCUUUUUUCUCUUUUGAAAUGUUGCAACUACUGGUUAUCUGAUUAUCUUAUAUGGCUGCUUGUUUCUGUUUUGAUUUAAUCUGAAACUACAAUGAAGGAAUGUUAGUGAUUUUGAUGCUAUUGGGUUUGUGUUCAGAGAUUGUUCUUGGUCAAAUUGUUGCAAAUGAAUGAUUAAUUAGUUGAAUUGAAUGUAACAACUGAACAAAGAAUGCUUCUUUGACCUGAUAAUACAUUGGCUUCUUCUUGUUGGAACAACCGAACCGAUUCUUUUUAUAUAUUUUAGUGGGAAUUGUAAAAUUAUUUACCGUUGUGGUAAAAUUUCAAUUUUCCAUGUUAGUAUGUCA